AUGGUUACUUUACGACUAACAGACGACAAAAUGGAUAUGCUGUACAUGAACUGCGUUUGUGUAUUAAAAACCUGUUUCGAAGACAUUAAUAACAAUCUUCAACACAUGCAAGAACUCAUAGUAAACAGUGAACCACACGUUCCUAUGUUGUCUUAUUACAAACAAAGAAAUCCAUUCUUGAUAGCGAAGCUUAAGAUUCUGAAAAAACAAUAUAUGAUGAUCAGCAAUACAGUACAGAUGCUGAAUACGAUCUUCAGUGUGCAACUACUUGCUUCAAUGAUCAUAACUUUUUGUCAAAUCAGUCUAAAUCUGUAUGUCUAUCUGAUCCAGUGGCAUGAUGGAUUGGUCAUCAAUUUGAAUGGACAGGUUGUGUUAAUUGUGUGGGCUUGCGAGACCGGCAAAAAUCAGGCUCAAGAGAUCCGCAUUACAAUUCACGACGUCCUUAACAGAGCCAAAGAUGAGCAAAUCAAAGAUGAGGAUAUUAAUAGCAAUCUUCAACAUAUGCAAGAACUCAUAGUAAACAGUGAACCAUGUGCCCCUAUGUUGUUUUGUUAUGAACAAAGAAAUCCAUUCUUAAUAAUGAAGCUUAAGAUUCUGAAAAAACAACAUAUGAUGAUCAGCAAUACAGUACAGAUGCUCAAUAGGAUCUUCAGUGUGCAACUACUUGCUUCGAUGAUCUUAACUUUUUGUCAAAUCAGUCUACAUAUGUAUAUCUAUCUAAUCGAGUGGCAUGAUGGGUUGUUGGUCAUCAGUUUGAAUGGACGAGCUGGUGAAUUGAUCCUAUUAACUAUGAUUUAUUACAUAAUAAAAUGGGCGUUAAUUGCGUGGGCCUGCGAGACUUGCAAGAAUCAGGCUCAAGAGAUCCGCACUACAAUUCACGACGUUCUCAACAGCGCCAAAGAUGAGCAAAUCAAAGAUGAGCUGCAGUCCUUUUCCUUGCAAAUAUUACAUCGCAAAAAUAUAUUUUCCUCCAAAGGUUUCACUAUAGAUGCGACGUUUCUCACUACAAUGGUGGGUACUAUUACCACAUAUACAUUAAUUUUGUUACAAUUCUUGAUCAUUUCCCAUUCUUGCGAUGAAAAUUCUACAAUCAAUAUUACAAGAAUAAUGUAA